UUCCGGUGGUCGGAGCGGAAGCAGUGGCGAGCGGCGCGGAGGGGCGGCGGCGGCCGAGUGGCUGACUACUGGGGCGGGCGGAGCCGAGGCCAUGGAGCUGCUGCUGCCGGGCUAGGCGGGGCCGGGCCCGUGGGGAUGUCGGGCUACGCGCGCCGCCCGGGCGUCACCCCGCUCUCCCGAGCCCGGAGCCUCGUCAUUCCGGACGCUCCAGCGUUGUAUGAGGGCCGGUCUUGCCUCCCCCAGCUAGACUGUGAGCGCCCCCGUGGCAGGGACCUGGACUCCCACUUCUUUGGCAUUCGGCCGACGUUUAUGUGCUAUGUGCCCAGCCCCGUGCUAGCUCCCGUGGGAGACACAGGCCGGUGGCCAGACCCUGGGAUUUCAAAGAUGACCAACGGUCCCUGCCCGCUGGGAGCUCACAGUCUGGUUUGGGGAGACCAACCUAGACACACAAUCCCAAUCCAGAGUGAUUUUGGCUAUGGAAAGGGGAAAUGUACUAAGCAAGGUCCAUCAGGAGCCCACGAGACACGUUUUGGAGAUGAUAAGCUUAAAGAUCUUGAAGAGGCAAAUCCAUUCUCCUUUAAAGAAUUCUUAAAGACCAAGAAUCUCAGUUUGUCCAAAGAGGAUACGCCCAACAGUAGGAUUUAUUCAAAGGAAGCCACGAGGCACUCACUGGGGCUCGAACACAACUCGCCGACUGCCCCGACCGUGGGGUAUGGCCUGGACUACCAGCAGCCAUUUUUUGAGGACCCGACAGGGGCCGGCGACCUGCUGGAUGAGGACGAGGACGAGGAUGACGGGUGGCAUGGGGCCUACCUGCCGUCGGCCAUGGAGCAGACGCACUCGCUAAGGGUGGCUGCCAGUGCGUCACCCUGUAGCACCUACGUGUCCUUUUUCUCCAACCCGUCGGAGCUGGCAGGGCCCGAGUCUCUCCCCACAUGGACCCUGAGUGACACUGACUCCCGGGCCUCCCCGGGGUCUCCAGCAAGCAGCACCACCGCCGAGUUCCCAGCCCACGGGGAGUCUGUGGGAGACCGGCACUUGCGGUCGCUGCAGAUAAGCUACGAGGCACUGAAAGAUGAAAAUUCUAAGCUAAGAAGAAAGCUGAAUGAGGUUCAGAGCUUCUCUGAAACUCAAACAGAAAUGGUGAGGACUCUGGAGCGGAAACUAGAAGCAAAGAUGCUGAAGGAGGAGAGGGACUACCAUGACUUGGAGUCGGUGGUGCAGCAGGUGGAGCAGAACCUCGAGCUGAUGACCAAACGAGCUAUGAAGGCAGAAAAUCACGUAAUGAAACUGAAACAGGAAAUAAGUUUGCUCCAGGCUCAGGUCUCUAACAUCCAGCAAGAGAACGAGGCCCUGCGGUCGGGCCAGGGGGCUAGCUUGACCGUGGUGAAGCAGAACACCGACGUGGCCUUGCAGAACCUCCGUGUCGUCAUGAACAAUGCGCACUCUUCGAUAAAGCAGCUGGUUUCUGGAGCAGAAACACUGAAUCUUGUUGCUGAAAUCCUAAAAUCUAUAGACAGAAUUUCUGAGAUUAAGGACGAGGAGAAGGAGGAAGACUCUUGAGAGCCUGGAAAUGCUUCCAGCCUGAAGCUCUGUUUACAUCGGAAAUCACUACUUGCUUUAUUUAGAGAUGUGAUUUUGUCUUUAAAUACGCAGCCUUCCCCUAUAGUAAACAUAUUUAUCAUGAGAUAUUAAUUUCAAGACCUGAAGCAGUGUCACUAGCCAGUUGUGAUCCGGGGUAGCCAUGAGGACACGAGUUGCACAGAGAGUUUAUAGGAAGUCCUCGUUGAGCAACUGUCUUGUCUUAUAGACUCUAAUAAGCUACUGGAACAACUUUUAUAAGAGCCAGUGAUUUUUUUUUAAUUACUAAACUUGAAAACAGCA